UACUGAAAGAGAAAAUUGAGGCUUUUGUAACUUUUAUUGUUAAAGUACUUGGGUAGUAAUGUUAAGCAGAUAAUUGAAUUAUUAGAGAUGUAAUGUAAUGUAUGAUUUGUGCUUUUCAGGUUUAUAUUGAUACGGUCGGAGAUCCAGGGAAAUAUGAGGCAAAAAUGUCUAAAAAUUUCCCAUCUAUCAAAUUUGUGGUUGCUAAGAAAGCUGAUAGUCUUUAUCCUGUUGUCAGUGGUGCAAGUAUAGCUGCAAAGGUUACGAGGGACCGAGCUGUAAGAGAUUGGGUGCUCGAUGAGACUGCUGAUAAUAUACACAGGAACUUUGGUUCUGGAUAUCCUGCAGAUCCCGCAACCAAGUCUUGGCUAGAAAAUCACAAACAUUCUAUCUUCGGUUUUCCAACAUUGGUUCGGUUUAGUUGGGGAACUUGCAGCACUUAUUUUAAAAGUGGUGCUGAAGUUUUAUGGUCUUAAACCCUAACUAUUAAAGACUUUGUUUGUUCAAAAUUUCUCAAACCUCAAAGAAUUUUUGAACCUUUCAUUACUAGGGAUGAAACAUAAAAUGAGUGUUAAAUUGGUUUUAAAUUUGGGUGGUUAGAGGUUUUCAUUAUAUAGAAUGC